AUGCCAUUGAGAAUGGGAGAAUUGAAAUGUCUCCGAACGUUGUCUGAUUUUGUUGUAGGCAAAGAAACAGGAUCAAGUGUAAAAGAUUUGAAGAACUUAAAAUUUCUGCGUGGAGAACUUUAUAUUUCAGGGUUAGAGAAUGAGACCAGCUCACAUGAUGCAGGAGGGGCCAUAUUAAGUAAUAAAAAAGACAUUGACGGAUUGUUCUUACAAUGGGGAUAUUCUUUUCCUGAGUCAAGAAAUGAAGUGGAAGAAAAAAAUGUGCUUAAAAUGCUACAACCUCAUAGAAAUUUGAAAAAGCUUGAAAUCUCAUGCUAUGGUGGCACAGGAUUUCCAUCUUGGUUAGGAGAUCCAUCAUUUUCUAAUAUGGCGCUCCUGAGAUUAGACGGAUGCACAAGAUGUUUAUCAUUACCGUCACUUGGGCUUCUGAGCUCCCUGAAAGCCCUUAUCAUUAGAGGGAUGACAAGCUUGAAAAGUAUAGGUUCCGAAUUUUACGGGAAAUGUUGCUCAAAACCAUUUCAAUCACUAGAGACUCUGGUGUUUGAGGGAUUGCAAGAAUGCGAGUAUUGGGAAACUAGCGAAGGAAAUGAGAAUGUGAAAAGAUUCCCUUGCCUCCGUGAACUUACACUUCGAAGGUGUCCCAAACUAUCCGGAGCAUUGCCUAAUCAUCUGCCUUUGUUGGAGAAACUUGUGAUCAAUAACUGUGAGCAGUUGGUGGUUUCAUGCUCUGGCUUUCCACUGCUUUCUAAAUUAGAGAUAGAUGUAUGCAAAGGUAUGGUCUGCAAUAGCCCAACUGACUCUAACUCGCUGAAAUCCAUGACUCUUAGAAAUGUUUCUGAGUUUGGAAAUUGGUUGAGGAAAGGGUUUUGGUUAAGGCAAGGGUUUCAGAAUGUAGAGCAUCUAAAGAUAGUCAACUGUGACGAGCUCAUGCACUUCUGGCAAAAUGAGAUUUGUCUUCAGAAGCCAAUACAAGGGUUUCACAGCCUCACCUCUCUGAGACAUCUAUGCAUUGAAAACUGCAGAUCCUUAGUUUUGUUUCCAGAGAUCAGGUUUCUUUCUGUCCUAAGAAAACUUGAGAUUGAAAAUUGUCAUGCUUUGGCAUCCUUACCUCCGGAAAUGAAUCAUAAUAAUCCAUGUCUUGAGACAUUAACAGUUAAAAGUUGCCAUUCUCUAAAAUUCAUAGUAACAGGCUAUCUACCUUCAUCUCUAUGUAGCAUUUCGGCAAGAGAUUGUCAGAAUCUGCGGUGCUUGUUUGAUGACAGAGAUCAAGAUACUUCUUCUUCUUCUUCUUCUUCGGCAGCUUCUUCUUCAGGAAUGAAUACCGGUUCAUCUCUUAAGUUCAUGUAUAUUUGUAGCUGUCCAUCUCUUACAAGCAUAUCAUCAACAGGCCAGUUACCUACUACACUCGAGUACCUUGAACUUUGGGGUUGCUCAAAGCUCACAACCUUAUCAUCAAGAGGUCAAUUACCUGCUGCAUUUGAAUGCAUUGAAAUUUUUCAUUGUUUGGAAUUGAAGACCUUGUCAUCGUCAGGCCAGUUGCCUAAGGCACUUCUUGAACUAAAAAUUCAUGAUUGUCCAAAACUAGAGUCAGUAGCAGAGAUGUUUUAUAAUAACAUGUCUCUUGAAAGAUUUGAGAUCCAAAAAUGUGAAAAUCUUAAAUCCUUUCCUGAGGGCCUACACAAUCUUAUUCGUCUUCAUAGACUUUUAAUUACUGAUUGUCCAGGUCUUGUUUCCUUUCCAGAAGGAGGGUUUCCUAAUAGUAAUUUAACAGUUUCAAUCUUCAACUGUGAGAAUCUCAAAGCCCUGCCUGGCAGCUUGGAAAUGCUCAACUCUCUUCAAGAAUUACAGAUAAGUAAAUGCCCAAGUAUUAUGGCCUUUCCAUCAGAUGGUUUUCCUACAAAUAUUGAAAACCUUGCAGUAGAUAAUCUCAAUAUUUACCAGCCUUUGGUUGAGUGGGGGUUGCAUAAGCUUACAUCUCUUGGAGGGCUUCAUAUUACCGGAUGUCCAAAUGCUGUGUCUUUCCCACAGGAGGAGAUGGGAACAAUAUUGCCUUCCUCUCUAGUUGUACUCACCAUUGAAGAAUUCCCAAAACUGAAAUACCUUUCCUCAAAUGGUUUUCAAAAUCUCACCUCUCUUCAAGAGUUGUCAAUCAGUCAAUGUCCAAAUCUUAAAUCCUUUCCCAAGGCAGGCUUGCCAUCCUCACUUUUGAAGUUGUACAUUUUGGAUUGUCCUUUGUUGAAGAAACAUUUCGGAAGAAAUAAAGGAAAAGAAUGGUCCAAGGUAGCACACAUCCCAGAUGUUAAGAUAGAUGGAAAAUUUAUCUAUGAUCCACAGGAGAGAGAAUGAGCUCUCUUUUGGUUCAGAAAUGUAGAUGGAUUCACAGAAUACCUCAGUCCAUCCUUAUAUCUCAGAUCGUUGCUGGCGGUCCUAAAAAUUGAACUAAUUGAAUAAUUACAAGAAGAUAAGCAAGGCAGCAUACAGACUCUAUUUGGAGGUCAGGCAAUCAGAAAUUGAUUCUCCAUUUCAAGAAAUCUUUCUUUCUACCAGAACUUAUAAGCAAUUGUUCUUUCAUGAUAGAUGUUGAAAAUUCUUCAGAUAAAAUAUUAUGGAAGAAGAAGUGAUUGCAGAGAAACCAUAUUGAAAUGUGACAGAUGAAGCUCUAGUUUGCUUUUGACAUAAAGUAAGUCCAUUAUUGUAGAUACAAUUCUUUAUCCUCCCUGCUAGUGUGAUAAAGAAAAAUUAACCUUGUUGUAGUUGUACUUUGUUUGAAUGAACCUUCAAUAUCCCUCUUUCAUAAACCUUGAGAAGUGAAGGUUCUUCAUUGAUGAUAACCUUGAAUGCAAUUUGUCCGUGAAAGAAGUAAGCUUGGAUGCUCUUUGUUUGGUUAUUUGUUCUUUCACUGUGGGAAGCAAGUAGACUAUCCGAAAUUCUGAAUCCAGACUUGGAGGAGGCUCGAAAAUGAAGUAUUCAUAUAGGGGAACAGGUAGAGCUAAACUCCACAAGCUUCAGGAUGAAAACAAAUGCAGGGAACCAAGUUGAAUCAAGUGGCUUCUCUGAGCUUGUCAUCCACAGGAAUCUCAUAUCAGAACACUAAAGAUAAAAUGCUUCUUGUAAUAGUUGUAGCCUUGUAGGUGGAUGCUUCAUCUGAAAUUGGGCUUCACAACAAAGACUUAGAGCCCAAUUAACCCAACACUAUUUAUUAUUAACCAACAGUAGAUUUCAACUUUCUGUAUUUUCCACUCUUGGUGUUACUUUACAAGUUUCAGUCAAUCU